CUGGCGAGUACAGUGCUCGGCUCGCUGAAAUGCUCGGCGCUGGGCCCGCCUCCGCAGAUAUCGCGCGGCCCUGCUUCGCGGGCACCCCGUGCGGGUCUGCUAUGGCUACGCGACCUCGCAACCGCUCGCCUCCGUUGGUCCUUUCUCUGGCCCAUGCUGUACUGA